GUUUACUGGUGUAUUGUGUUGCACUGGGCGUGGCGCACCAGCAGGUUGAGCCACUCUGCACCUCCACACCUGGAGCGCACAAGCUCUCAGGUCGCGGUCACACUCACUGAAAUGAGCACCAGAGGCAAAACUACGAGGAUAACUUAUAGGCAAUGGAGAGACCCGGAAAUAAGCGUGGUGUCACUCAGAGGUGCCGGAGACAUCGCGGGUCACAACGAUGAGGAUCAGUGCACAGACUAUGAGAUCUGUACCACGACGGCAGGAGGACACCAGUCCACACUUCAGUGUGGAUCUAACCAAACUCAAGAUAACUUUACAGUGGAGGAUGCAGUGGAAGCCAUUGGCUUUGGCAAGUUCCAGUGGAAACUCUCUAUCGUCACUGGCCUGUGUUGGAUGGCAGAUGCCAUGGAGAUGAUGAUCCUCAGCAUCCUGGCUCCCCAGCUGCACUGUGAGUGGAGACUGUCAAGCUUUCAGUUGGCUCUCAUCACAUCGGUGGUUUUCAUCGGGAUGGGGCUCAGCUCCUCUCUGAUGGGGAAUGUAUGUGACAAGUACGGCAGAAAAAUAGGUAUGACCAUUUGUAUGGUGUGGACAAUGUACUACGGCUUCCUCAGUGCCUUUGCUCCAGUGUAUGGUUGGAUCUUGGUCCUGCGGGGUUUAGUAGGCUUUGGCAUUGGAGGAGCUCCUCAGUCGGUGACACUCUAUUCAGAAUUCCUCCCAAUGAAGAUGAGAGGCACCUGCAUCAUGCUGAUUGAGAUAUUUUGGGCAGUUGGUGCUGUGUUUGAGGUCCUUCUGGCCAUAUGGAUAAUGCCCACGCUCGGCUGGCGGUGGCUGCUCGGCCUGUCCGUCACACCAACAGUCGUCUUUGUUUGCCUCUGCUCUUGGCUCCCUGAAAGUGCUCGUUUUGAUGUACUAGUAGGGAACAGGGAAAAGGCACUGGCAACAUUAAAGCGCAUUGCGGCUGACAAUGGCAAGUCCAUGCCUAAAGGAACCCUGGUCGCCAACAAACAGGCGGAGCGUGGAAGGGUCAGAGAUCUGUUCACUCCUCAGUAUCGCAGGACUACUCUUCUCCUGUGGUUUAUAUGGUUUGCAAAUGCCUUCGCCUAUUACGGGAUAGUCCUGCUGACAACUGAACUGUUCCAAGCUGGAGAUUUAUGUGGAGUGACCCAAGGGGCCAAGAUUGAACCAAGCUGUAGCCUGGAAUGCAAAUAUUUGACAUUAGCUGACUUCAAAGAUCUAUUGUGGACCACUUUGGCUGAAUUCCCAGGGCUUUUCAUAACCCUUCUCGUUGUGGACCGCAUCGGCAGGAGGAGAAGUCUGGCAUUGUGUUUCAUUAUGUUUUCUCUGUGUAUUCUGCCUUUGUUUGCUUGUAUUGGGAGAAUAGCUCUCACAAUCUUCAUCUUUGCUGCCAGAGCUUUCAUCACAGGAGGAUACCAAGUAGCUUUUGUUUACACACCAGAGGUGUUCCCUACAGAAUCAAGAGCCCUAGGGAUGGGAACAAGCAGUGGGAUGGCCAGAGUGGGAGCUCUGCUUACUCCCUUUGUGGCACAGGUUCUGCUCAGGACAUCUGUCUACUUGACUCUGUCGGUGUACUGUGGCUGCUGCCUGCUGGCCGCCGGGGCAUCCAUGCUUCUGCCUGUUGAGACAUUAGGCAAAGGUCUGCAGGAGUCCAGCCAAAUGACAGGAGACAUGACAAGAACCUGCCAGUCAAAUGGUACCGCAUGUACUUUGCACACCAGCUAUGGAUCCAGCAACCAAGAGGAUUAAGCAGUGUAAACACAGAACAGAGAGGAUCCAAAAUGUUCCCUCCCACAGCCCCACAGCUGCCCUAUUUCAUUGAACUGAAUCAUCUAGCCAUGAUGCCAUGAUGAGUGAUAAGAAAGACAAGGAAGGGGCAGUUGCAUUAUGGGAGGUAAUAAAUGGGGUACCUCCCAUGAGCCAUCAUAACAGUAAGCAACACACUGCUAAGUCACGCUGCAUUUGCUGUGGCAUUUUUGGCUACCUGUGAUGCUAAUCUAUGUUUGUACUCCUACCAAGAAGCAGUGGGGUGACUUAAGAGAAAAAAGACGCAUCAUGCCUGAACUGUUUGACAGGUAUGGAUGUGCAGAGAGACCCUCCAGGAGGACCUUCAAGAGACUCAGAGGGGGAGUGGGGUAUAUUUUUUAAUUAAUUUUGUUUUGAAAUCAUUUCCUGCAGAUGUUUUUAAACGUGAAGCCAAAAGUUGAAGGCAAUAUGCAUGUACAGUAAUAUUUAAUUUGUUAUUAAAACUGCAUUCUGUGCGACUGUGCUUUUUAAA